UCCCAAAGAUAAAAAACAUACUACUUGUUGAUAUUGACGGUUUACCGUUGUUGUUGAUUUGCUCGCAUCCUUACUUGUGUAGCAUGUCGCAAGAUGAUAGCCAAAACGUUUUUGCCCAUGAUUAUGAUGAUUUGAUUGAGGAUGAAUUUUGUGUGUCCGAGGGUGGGUCACCGAAUCGUUCUGACGAUGCUCAACAAGUGAGGGCUCGUCCUGUCGCCCCCACACAAUCUGUCCCUUCACAAAUUCUUUUGAAGAAAAGGAAAAUCCAAACGGACGACUCCACUUCGAGCAAGGUGAAAGAAACCUCGACGAGCAAAAGUAUCACGCCAAGUGGUGAUUACGUCGAGUUGGAUCCCAAAGGAGCUUUUGCCACUCCGGUUGAAAUAUCUCCCAAGGAGGAGGAGCAACUUGCAGAUUUGAUUGGAGAAGGGAUCCGUUACGAGGUUGACCGACGCCUGACUAACAUCGUUUCUUGUCAUUACAAGAAAUGGAUAGGUGUCCAUCUGGAUUCGCUGAAAGCUGGUAUGCGUAUCCCCCUUGAUCCUUUCCUUGUUGAUUUUGUGAAUUAUUAUGGCAUAGUUCCAAGCCAAGUGGCGCCAAAUGGUCAUCGUAUACUUGCGUGCUUCCCUCAAAUUUGUGCACGUCAUCAAGUUCCUUGCACGAUCGAUUUGUUCAACUUCCUCCAUCUUGUAAAGACUAUGGGGAAGAAUUGUCACCCCAGCUUCGUGAUCAUUCAAUGUCGCGGGUUGUUUGGAAAAGUUUCUGGUCUGCCUGAUAACAACCGUAAGUGGAGGGGGAAGUUUCUUCGAGUGUUUUUGAAAGACGGGGUGCCUUUCAAAAAUGAGUGGUCUCGUCGAAUGCGCAAGUGCGUGCUACCACCUGAGACUUUAGAGAUCAAGGAUGCAGUCGAGAAGAUUUCAUCGGAGUGCUAUUCUUGGGAUAAUUAUCACUCUCCAGAGGCAUUGGCUGCAGCUCAUCUACCCCCUCCGAUGUAUGGGGUUCAACGUCAGGUUGUCCCAGAUGGUCAUCUAGCAAUGGACCUUGACCCUGACCUUGAGGAAUUUGUAGGUGCUGGGGGGAAGUCGUCAUUCGGUAUUGAUCAGUCUCAAUCAUCGAAGAUCACUCUGAAAAGGAAGUCCGCACCAUCUGACCACCACGAGACCGACCAGUUACCCAUUGGACCCCCUCCGUCUAGUUCUUCUAUCGCUCCAGUUCCUUCUACGUCAUUGGGCAAGCGUCCUCUAGGUGAGGUUGAGGUUGAAACUAAGGUUCCUGGUAGUACACUCGCAACCAAUCGUGAGAUGCCUCGACUUGCGGAAGAGGGACCCCCUCACGUACGUGCACUUGUUCGUGGGACGGCUGAUCUACCAAAAAUGUUCAACCUACUGUCCGAGCUAGGCCCCCCACCUGCGAGUGUCGUCAGUGAUACCAAUGAAGAGGUCGCCGCAAAGAUGGCCCAACACUUAUCCUACGUACGUAUUUCUCCUCUGAUUGUCAAUCGUUCUGGCUCUCUACAUCCUCUUUUUUUUUUUUNUCCCGGUCCGACUGCUUGA